CGCGGGCGUUGUACGCCGCCUUCGGCUUCCGCAUGGGCCCCUUCGCCCCGGGCUACUACGAUGGGUCCCACGCCCUGAAGAUGUACAUGCCUCUCGGGCCGAUGGUCCCGGAGAGGGCCGCGCGGCGCGCGUCGCUGAGGGCCACCCCGGGGCCCAGCCUCGCCGCGAGCGCGGCGGCCGUCGCCGGCCAGGUCGCAGGCGUCGCCGUGUACGCCGCCGACGAGAGGGCGUGGGCCCUGCUGGCGCAGGGGGUCGCCGAGGUGGCGCGCGUCGUCGAGGGCCGCGGGUGGCCUUUGCGGGAGGUCUCGGAGAUGCCCGCGCGGCGGCUGAGCCGGUCGGGAUUCUGCACGCUCGGCUUCAACGACAUGCGGGGCGGGAUCGCGGUCUUCCUGCGCGACUCGUGGACCAGCGCUGUGGGCCUGGUGACGCAGGACGACGUCGUCGUCACGCUCCUGCACGAGCUCGCCCACUUCGAGGUGGGCCCCCACGACGCGGGCUUCUACCAGCUGCUCCGCGCGCUCGUGCUAGAGCUCUGCGGCCGCACCGCCAGGGCCGCGCACCUGUGCAGGUACAUCGCCCGCACCGAGCUCAUGGGCUCGCCCUCGCGGUACCGGGCGUUCUGCGCCCCCGUCGGCGCGGCGCGGUCCGGGUAG